CCUCGCCAAGCUCGUUCAAUGGGCAGAAAUUCUGGUCGUUGGCAGCCCAAAGAGCUUGAGGAGGCCUGCCUUGGACCCGCUGAGGAAAAGAGGGAGGCGGCCUUCCCGUCUUCCCGCCCCGCAAAGAUGCAGGCUGGGCGUCCCGCUGCUUCCACGCCGGGGAUUGUGUCAAGACUGAGGCCGGGGAUCCCUCGGGGAAGGAGCAGCCCGGUCCCGGAAGAGGAAGGCGGCAGAAGGAGAAGCAGGAGCCGCAGCAGCAGCAGUCGCGCAGGAGGAGCUUCGUCAGGAGCCGGCGCUCUCUUCGACAGAAAGAACACAAACACUUAGAAGAUGCUACGGGAAAAAUAUCAGGAAAACAGGAGGCCUUUGAAAGAAUCAUCAGGACAUGAAGAAAACUCUAAUCGUGUAAUCACCAUUGUCUUCGUUGCUCUCCUCAUAGAUCUCUUGGGUUUCACCCUUAUCCUUCCACUCCUGCCUUCAAUACUUGAUUAUUACAGCAAAAAUGAUAACGGUUUGUACAGGAAUUUGCAGCAUGGAGUGGACUGGUUCAGUGAAGCAAUUGGUAUGCCUCCUGAGAGGAAAUACAAUGCUGUCUUAUUUGGAGGUCUAAUUGGAUCCGUCUUUUCUAUGCUUCAGUUCUUUUUCUCUCCACUCACUGGUGCUGCUUCUGAUUGCUUUGGGAGAAGGCCAGUCAUGCUGUUGACUGUGAUUGGUCUGAUUGCAUCAUAUUUUCUGUGGGUCAUUUCCAGGAGCUUUGAGCUGUUUCUUUUCUCUAGAAUAAUUGGUGGAAUAAGCAAAGGGAAUGUCAGUCUCUCCACUGCCAUAAUCGCUGAUUUACAAAAUCCGAAAGCUCGAAGCAAAGGCAUGGCAAUGAUUGGUGUGGCUUUCUCUUUGGGUUUUACCUUUGGUCCAACGCUUGGAGCAUAUCUUGCUAUGGAGAAAGAGAAAGGAGAAAUCUUCUAUGUUAAAGCUGCAACCUUUGCUGUCAUGUUCGCUGUUACUGAAUUGGCUUUCAUCUUCAUGUUGUUGCCAGAGACGCUGUCAAAAGAACAACGGGUGUCCUCUGUGAUAUCUGGUUUUCAGUCAGCUGCUCACUUGAUCAGUCCUUUGGCCUUGUUUCAAUUUUCUGCAGUUAACCAAAGAAUGGAAUCACAUUCCAGAGAGAAUCUCAAGACCCUUGGCUUGGUGUACUUCAUGUACCUCUUCCUCUUCUCUGGUCUGGAAUACACUCUGGGUUUCCUUGUUCAUCAGCACUUCCAAUUCAGCAGCAUGGAACAGGGAAAGAUGUUUUUCUUCAUUGGAAUAUCAAUGGCUGUGAUCCAGGGAGGUUACACUCGGAAAAUUAAGCCAGGAAAUGAACUAAAGGCUGCAAAAAUGGCAAUACUGCUGUUGGUUCCUGCUUUCCUUUUAAUUGGCUGGAGUAACAAUGUGAUCAUCCUGAGCACUGGAUUGUUUCUCUACUCUUUUGCUUCUGCAGUUGUUGUUCCAUCUCUGUCUACAGUAGUGUCUGGCUAUGGAUUGAUAAGCCAAAAAGGAACUGUAAUGGGCAUCUUAAGGAGUCUGGGAGCCCUUGCGAGAGCUGUUGGGCCAAUCACGGCAGCCACAGUAUACUGGUUGGCAGGAGCUGAAGUUUGUUUCACGGUCUGUGCCUCUUUGUUCCUCCUGCCCUUCAUUCUGCUUCGAAGCAUUCAAGAACAAAAGAAAGUGGAAUAAGUGAUCACAUAUUUUCUAAGACAUUACAAGUAUCAUGCUCACUUGACUGACCAAGAAGCAGUUUUAUAGAACUGCACAUUUUUAUGGAAUGUCAUGUUUUUAUGAUCUUGAGAAAUAACUCAAUCUUCGGCUCACAAAAUCCACAGUAAGGCCACAUAUUUAUAUAUAUUUGGGACACACCAAGAUCAGAAUGAAGAGCUUUGUGGAUAUUUUUUUCUUAUGUUCACUAUGAUGAAUGGUCCUUGUAAUGUAACAGUCCUCAAAUGUUUUCAUCAAUUGCUUUUGUUAAGAAUUUGAAGAAAAGUAUAUUUAAAAAACCAAAAGGUCUGCAAAUGGUGCACUGCAUCUCUCUCUCUUUUCCUUUUCUGAUUUGGAACUGUUGGAUUUGGAACUCAAACAUCUGUAGUCAGUAUCUACAGAAAAGUUCCCCAACACAUUUUUACUAAGUCUAUUUGUACACAUAUGUAUAUUUUGAACACCAAACCUGUCUCUUACUUUGGAUUUAACAAGCUGUAGAGUAGGAUGAAUGUUGCCUUAAACUAAGCAUAAGAAACACGUUGCCUUACAGAUACUGGGCUGCACAUUUACAGUACAGGUAGUGAUGAGGAAUGAUAGGAGUUGUAUUCUGAAGUGAGAAAUGAUGCAUAUCUUCACUGAGGUACUCCAUCUAUACCAUGUGUGUCAAACACAGGACCCAUGUGCCAAAUCCGGCCCAACAUGUCAUUUUAGGUGGCCCUCUAGGUGCUAGACUACUGUUCCUGUAUCCCUCAUUAUGAGACAUCAUGACUAGAGCUGAUGAGUUGUGAUACAGUAACACCUGAAAGGCUGUAGUUUGUUUUGUUCAGUCAAGAGAGUGAGCUUUGGAUUUAGUUGCAUGGCUUGUGGAUAUAAUGCCUGAUUAUAAAAUAUCCUCUAACCUUUCCCCAACCCCACAGCCACAAGUACAGUUGGGUUGCAAUUCUCAUUAACCCCAGUCCGUUUGGCACAUAAUCAAAAGUGAUGAGAGUUGUAGUUUAACAACAUCUAGGAAUACAAAAUGGGUACAAACUAAAGAGCAUCAACCACUAUGUAAUAAAAAUUAUGUAAAUAAAAUUGUAAUAAAGUUAUAAUUAUUCUGUCAAUCCAGUAAAACCAAGAACAUAUGCUUUAAGUUUGGUGAUUUUUGUUUCCUCUGAUGUUUUCUGUCAUUUCCCCCAGAAUGUAUUUUUCAGAGACUCACACAUUUAUACAGAAAAAAAUCAUUCAGUUACUAAUUUACUAAUAAGAUUAGAAUACAGUAAACUAAGAAAUGUCGGGAUUUGAAGUGGCCUAAUAGUUUCCCUUCUUGUUGCUUCAUUAUGUUAAGGCAAAAAAUUAUGAGAACAGGAAAUGGUGGUAGGUUUGAAAGCAAAAAGUUGUAACAUUUAGUGUUUGGUGGCAAAGAACAAGAAAACAUAUGAGUAGAACAAUCAGUUUAAAUAUUUCAGUGUAAUUUGAGUAUCAUUGUAAUUUUCUCUGAGAUAGACCAUUGUUAUAAAUUCAAAUUAUUGAUUACAUUUCCCUUCGAAGUAUGUUUGUAUAACCAAAACCAUGUAGGAAGCGUAUCUAGUAUCUCACUUGUGUCUUAGAAACAUGUACCAGAAAAAAAUACUAGGAGGGAUGUAAUUUCUUGUUGCACUCACUGUCAUAUUAUACAUGUCUAAAAUAUUUGAACAAUGAAUUUGUCUUCAGAGACUGUAGGCAACUUGUAAAUGUGGCCUUAGCAUGGUAAUGUGGAUGAUGCCAUAUGCUAUAAUCAUAUUAAUAGAUGGCGAAUUGCUGAACAAUUUGAAUUUUGAAACAAUGUACAUCAAAUGAAUUAAUAAAAAUGAAUGAUGCCAUCUUUUGUAACAUUAUGUGCCGCUUUUAGAGUAGUGCACAUAGUUCAUGUCUAGUUUUCCAGAUACUAUGUUUUGUACUAUACUGAUUUUUUUUACAUUCUGUUUCCCCAAAUAAAACUUUUUGAGAUUA